GGCGCCGGCAGGAGGCGCCGCCGGUCAGGGCGCGAAUGCCGCUGGCGGCGAACAACACCUGCCCGGCCGUGCUGGGCCUGCGGCAACGAAGGACCCUCAAACUGGCGAGUCCGCCCGCGCCGGCUUCCUCGCCGCUCCGGAGUCCCGGCUGGUUCUGGACCCCACUGGGCCUCGUCACUUUGCUAAGUUUUGUUACCCGCUUCUACCGCCUGCAGGAGCCGCCGCACGUCUGUUGGGAUGAAACACACUUUGGAAAGAUGGGAAGCUAUUACAUUAAUCGAACCUUUUUCUUUGAUGUCCAUCCACCUCUGGGGAAGAUGCUAAUAGGACUGGCUGGCUACCUGAGUGGUUACAAUGGGACAUUUCCUUUCCAGAAGCCAGGAGACAAAUAUGAAGAACACAACUAUAUAGGAAUGAGAGGGGUGAGAUUGUUAUCGGUCUUCUUAAGCAACUGUUCAAUAUGAUAUUGCUUGAUGGAGCAUUUAGAAAUUGUGUAAACCAUUUAGGAACAACAGCUUUAUACUUCCUUCUCUUUUUCAGAUACAGGGUGCAUUACACUUUCACAGUACAUUCUGCUUGAUCCCAUUCUGAUGUUCUUUCUCAUGGGAGCUGUAUUCAGUAUGGUCAAGUAUAAUUCCUGUGCAGCCAGGCCUUUUUCUGCCCCCUGGUGGUUCUGGCUGUGUUUGACUGGAAUAAACCUUGCGGGUGCAAUGGGGGUGAAAUUUGUCGGCCUUUUUGUGGUCCUCCUGGUCGGAUUGAAUACAAUAUAUGACCUUUGGGGGCUGCUAGGAGACCUCAGUCUCUCGCUGGUCGUUCUGGCGAAGCACUUCCUGGCUCGUGUCCUCUGCCUCAUUCUGCUGCCUCUUGCCCUCUACACAGCUCAGUUUGCCGUUCAUUUUGCAGUGUUAAACAGAAGUGGGCCUGGUGAUGGCUUUUUCAGCUCUGGAUUUCAGUCCCGGCUGAUUGGGAACAACCUUCAUAAUGUCUCUGUUCCGGAGUACCUAGCAUAUGGCUCUGUGGUAACAAUGAAGAACCUUCGAAUGGCAGGUGGAUACCUUCACUCACACUGGCACCUGUACCCCGAGGGAGUGGGAGCACGACAGCAGCAGGUCACUGCAUAUUUACACAAAGACUUGAAUAAUUUAUGGAUUAUAAAGAAAUACAACUUGAACACAGAUCAUUCAGACCCGUCUUUCCCUGUGGAGUUUGUGAAGCAUGGAGAUAUCGUCCGUUUGGAGCACAAAGAGACUUCCAGAAACUUACACAGUCACCAGCACGAGGCCCCGUUGACAAGAAAGCACCUUCAGGUCACUGGGUAUGGAAUUAACGGGACUGGAGAUUCCAAUGAUUUCUGGCGAGUUGAGGUGGUGGGAAGAAAGGCAGGGAAACAUAUCAAAGUCCUUCGUAGUCAAAUCCGAUUGAUUCAUCUGGCUACAGGCUGUCUCUUGGGUUCAACUGGAAAGACACUGCCGAAAUGGGGCUGGGAGCAGGUGGAAGUCACUUGCACACCCUACCAGAAGGAAUCUCCCAAUUCCCUUUGGAAUGUUGAAGACCACAUCAACCCUAGGUUGCGCAACAUCAGCCUGGAUGUUCUGAAGCCCUCCUUUCUAGAGAUUUUGGUGGAGUCUCACAUGGUUAUGAUCCGAGGAAACAGUGGCCUCAAACCAAAGGAAAAUGAAGUAACAUCCAAGCCCUGGCACUGGCCCAUCAAUUACCAGGGCCUGCGUUUUUCUGGAGUGAAUGAGACUGAUUAUAGGGUUUAUUUGCUAGGAAACCCGGUGAUCUGGUGGCUGAAUCUGGUCACUAUUGGCUUAUAUCUCAUAAUUGCAACAUUUGUAUCUGUGGCCAUCAAGAGAGGAGCUCACCUGACAGCUGAGCACAAAGAGCUUUCCCGAGUCCUCUUGCAUGGUGGAGGAUUGGUCAUGCUGGGAUGGCUUCUCCAUUAUUUUCCUUUCUUCAUGAUGGGCAGAGUACUAUAUUUUCAUCAUUACUUCCCUGCCAUGCUCUUCUCUUCCAUGCUGACAGGGAUUACAUGGGAUGUUUUCCUGAAGUUCUGUACUGUGACCUUGUCAACCAGUAUCCCGAUUUAUAAUGGUGGGAUAGUGUUGUUGAUUUUGCUCAUUAUGUACAGCUUCUACCUCUUCCAUCCGCUCUCUUACGGGAUAAUAGGACCUCUGGCUUCUGAUCCCAACAGCCCAAUGGCAGGACUUAGGUGGCUGGAAACAUGGGAGUUCUAGAGCCAGCCUGCAACAAAGGAGUAACAGAAGAAGAGAGCUGAAAAACCCUCUAACCGCUUCAUGAAAGCUGUGAAGAACCUGUUCCCCAGCAUCAUUUCUGUGCCGGGAGAAUAGAUUGUCCGCUUGAGGUCUGAAGAAAAGGAGGCAGCCAUAAGGAUUAAGCUCUGCCUGUAAUUUCUGCCAUGGGGUCUCGGAUUCUAAUUCCUUGAGCCAGCUGCUGCUUCAAAGUCUGAACAUUCAAGCAGUAGGCUUAGUCAGGCAGCUGUGACCUUCACCGCAGUCUCAUUUGUUUGCAAGUUAGAGGAUGCAUGCAUUUUUUGCAAGCACAUACCUGGGUGUUAUCUGUGUGUCUGGUCAGGUGUGAUUUAAAAGAGCAUAGGAAUGAUCAUGUGGACGUAGAAAGGAAAUUAUCUUCUAAGACUUGGAUGCAGUUCACAUCCAGUAUCUGCUGUGGAGAUCUUUUUAAAGGUGUGCAUGUGUAUUAUAUACACUUCACACACACUAUGUUUCUGAAAGAGCAUUGCUACUGCUUUGAUCUUCAGGAACUUGGAAGUUUGAAGCCUUCCAAGAUUCUGUGCCUUGCCAGGCCCUCAGACCAAAAGGCAACGACUGCUGUGUAUCUUUGCCUAAUGCCUUUGCUCUGAGCACAAUUAACCACUCACAGUAACCUUGUAGCUAUCUACAAGAUCUCAUACAGGAAUGACACUGUUUUGUUUGAGAACUGUCUGAGCAGAGAAAUCUGUUUAAUUUCUGUUGUAUGUUUCGUACCCUAAAUUCCUCUGAUGGAGAGAAGUGGCACCUUUUUGGAGAGGCAAAAGUGAAUAUAUGAUAGGCUAGAGCUGAUGCAGAGGGCUGCCAUUCGUCCUUUUAGUCUCAUUGCUCACUAAUUCUCCUGCCUGAGGGUAUCUUGUAAUGAACGCAGAGUAUGCAAAACAUGUUGUUGAUGCUGAUGUAUCGGUUCAUUGUUUAUUUUAGAUGUGUAUUUACUUCUGAGAAGAAAACUGUCCUCUUUGCUGUGAUAUACCAUCUAGCCAAAAUAUCUGUAACUGGAGGACAAGAUGAAAGUACUUGACCCGGCUCAUCAAAAGGACUUUUUAAGACUCCGCUACCAAGAACAAGUAGAAUAGAAGCCCUGGGGGGAAAUGGGCUCAGAAUCCGAGUGAGGUAUGCCGAUUCCUCUUGCAGAAUGUUCCGACAUCACAGCUCUCCAAAGCAAAUUUAAUUCCCACUCCAAUCACAGCUUUACGUAUCAAGGAAACUGAGGGAUAGAGGCAAAAAACAAAAGUAUAGUAAUGACGGGAUACCCCUGGAAGACAAAAGAAUAUGACAAGGCUACUACAACUGUGAUCUGUAUCAAAUAGUGCAAAAGGUGCUGAAGUCAUUUAAUAAAUAUCAACUAGUGUAUCAGUACUUGAGUGAUUGGGUUUUUGUAUUCAUGUGGCAUAUUUAAUAUACUAGUUGAUGUUUAUUAAAUGACCACAGCACCUUUUGCACUAUUUGAUACAGAUCACAGUUGUAGUAGCCUUGGUAUAGUUUGUAUUCUUUUGUCUUCAAGGAAACUGAGGCCAUCAAUUCCAGGAAUUUCAUUUCAGCACCAAAUUGAAGCCUGCUGCUUCCCAUCCCCCCUCUGGCAUCAUGAAAAGGGCUAUUGCUGUUGGCAUGGAGACUGUAUGCCAACAUUUCCAGGAGAGGCUAGCUUGGCUGUGAGGUACCUUCAGUGUCUGAGCUCAGGCUGCCAGAGACAUUAAGAAGAGAAACGCAAGACUUGUUUUUAGUUAUCUGGCCAGAUCAGUGUUAAGAACGUCACAUCCACCUCUCUAGUUAGCAGCAGUGGGCUUAGGUGUUCAAUCCCCUAUAUAGUGCAACUAUUCAGGGGUCCCAGCUUUUGAUUGUAAUUUCCCCCAGUUUCUUCACUGAUGGUUUUAAUGGUCUUUCUGUUAGUAGCUUUGUGGCAGAAAUAGUCUGCUGCUUUAACUGACUUAUAACUUCAGAGAUCUCCCAUAGGUUACUUUUUGGGGUGGGAAACCAAGGCAGUUUUUUUCUUUUAAAUUCAAAAUGUACAGAAUUUCUGUACAUUUCCUCUCCAGUAACCUAAUAGAUGCCUAAUUGGUGCAGUCUAGCCUUUAGUUCUGAAGAAAACCCAUCCUCUACACCACAAGAGCUGUCCCUUAGGUAAACAGUUACUGCUGUCAACUGCAACUAUUUCUGCAGUUCGUCCAGGAAGGGCUGCUUUAUCUCUCUGGAAAGUUAUCUCAGACUGUGACAAAUACAGAAUCUGAUUUUUUUUUGUUUUAAUCAGGAGGCUUCAGACUUGCUAUUCCUGUUUGCUUUCACUUGUAGAACUCUGCUGAGCUUUUGGCCUCUAAGAGGACUGUUUUGGCUUCUUGUCCACCUAAACAGGUUCUAGUAAAAACCACUGGAGGGCCCCCUUAAUCCUUCCAAAACCUUUCCAGCAUCACAUCAAUUGAUUAGAUUCACUAAGAAAGAGCUAUAGUCCACUUAAAAAAUUUUUUGGUUUAACAUGUGUUUGCUGGAGAGUGGUUGAGGUUUAGCUGGGCAGGAGGCAUCCCCAUGUCUUCCUCCUAGCAUAGGGAUGCUAAUGAAUGUUGGUGCUUGUAACACACUAGUUCCUUUCCAUGCCUCUGAUCUUGGUUUAUUUAAUUUAGAAAUCUUGGUGAGGCACUUGUAUUGUGCCACAGAACUAAUGAACACCACUUAUCUAUACACUAAAGUCUUUUCUUGUUCUUUCAAAAUGUCCAGAAUAUUUGAGCCCUUUCUGGUAUAAUUCCAAGUAAAAAAUGUGGAUUUAGAGGAAAUAGAAAGGAAGGCCCAUUUUGCAUGCACGAUCUCCUUUGCAUUCAGACUUCAUUCUCUCUGUGGCAGAUUCCCCUGCAUGCACACUAUUUAGGCUUUUUUGCACUCUGAUCAUCAAAGCCCCAUGGUUUUCCAAACCUCUUCAAAGCAUGAUGUUAAUUCUCCCUUCGCAGAAAAAAGUGAAGAACUCUGCUGUAUGUUCUGCCCUCCCCGGGUCUUCCUGGCUGUCCCUGCUCACAAAACAGGGAGAGAAUCAGAACUGCUAGGUGCUUUGCUGCUGAAGAAUUCCCAGAAAGCAAGGGGGGGGGGGUCCAGUUUGAAGCUUCUAGAAGGAAAUGAGUGAAUAAUGGGCCAAAGUGUUUUGAUUACAAAGGAUGUAAAAACAGUUUCUGUUUGUAGACAUAGUAUACAGAUCAAAUGGUUACUGUUCUUGACUGCACAAUCUUUAUGUAGAAAAUCAGCCUCAAUGGCUCUGCCGGUAUCAUUGAUUGGGUUUAAAAGGCAAUAAGUUGCUUGUUACAUUCUUUGCUGUCCCUGUCCCCUUUUCAAAUGACUGCACAUAGGAUCAUGAAUCUCACUUCCAAUGGCUACAUCAAUGUCAUAAGUGUCAAACUCGUGGCACUCCAGAUGUUAUGAACUACAGUUCCCAUCAUGCUGGCAGGGGAUGUUUGGAACUGUAGUCCAUAUCAUCUGGAGGGCCACGAGUUUGACACCUGUGAUCUAUGUGGUCUAGCCUUUGAAUCCUGGUGUCAUCUACUGUUCGAUCAAUAGCUGGAGGAGCAUAAAUGAAAUGGUUUUCCUGAGAAACUGAAAUAAUCAAGCAGACUUUUCUUCCUUGGUAGGGUAGGACUAACAAUAAUUAUUUUUUCUAGGAGGUGAGAAGGAAAAAUUAGCAAUAAAAGAUUGAUACAUUUCAUGGCUGUGCCCACUUUCUCGGUCUAAUUAAUACUGUAUCCUAAAAGAGUUGUACUGUGGUAAAAUAUUUCAAGUCCAGAGUGAAGCAGUGUAUGUUUCUUUCAGCCACCACUGCAGUUUUAUUUAUAAAGGGAUGGGUCUUAAGCUCUCUUUGCACUAAGUGGACUAUUUCCUUGAAGAAAAGAUUGAUCAUUUAGCAAGAAAAGAACCUGAGGAUCCAUCCCAUAAGAUUUGGGUACAUGGGUAUAGCUACAGAAAACGGCACCCAGAGCAAACACUGAAGUUGUGCCUCCCUUGCCACUGAGGUGCCCCUCUUGGAGGAGGCGAUGUUGGGCCGAUAGUGUCAGGGCAGGGGGUGGGUGGGUGGGUGCCAAGGGAAGACUGGCAGGGUUGCAGGAAGAGGAGGUGGUGGCAGGCUGUUCAACGCUCCUUCAGCUCUUUGCUCCAGUGGAGAGGGGGCAGUCGACUGAACACCCCCCCCCCCUGACCUUGGGUGGUGGUGCCUGAAACUCCCCUCCCCAGCUCCAUUUCAUGCCUAUAAGUGGGUUGACAGAGCUGAACUCCAAAACACCAAUAUGGUACAGCGCUUCCUCAACCGAACCCAUUAAGACUACAGGUCUGGGACAAACUGAACCAACGCAUCAAACAGGCAAGGUAGAAUCCUCUUUGACUUUGUACCUUUUAACAGGCAAGGAAUCCGUGAAGUGGAAAAUUGCUCUUUUGCAGAUACGGUCCUUUGCCUUUGUUCUGAGGUGAGGGCUAUACCACAUAACUUCUGGAUUUGUUGUUCAUCUCUGUUUCAAGAAGUGCUUUAAAGAAGUGAUUUGGGUUCUGCCUUAGGCACUAUAAUGUCUGUAGAUAGUAUGAUGAUUGUCUUUCUAGUGACCUUAGACAAACGUUUGUACUAAUGCUGCUAAUACUGGAGUGUGUGUAUGUAUGUGAGUGAGCAUGUGUAUUUUGUACAUGAUCACUGUCCGUAUUUUUAACGGCACAUGUUUCAUUGCUCUGCAGUGUAACUGGCAGUGCUUUUUGUAAAGGGACUAACUGAAAGCUGGAUAGAAUUUACAUUUUACUUUUGUAAUAAAUAGACUCUCUUUCAAA